AUGUACUAAAUGCAAUGGUAGCCACAACAAAUUACUUUGUGGUGCAUUUAAAUCAGUCACUGAAGCAUGCCCUGUUAGAUCCAACUUAGGUGUAGGUCAAGGAGAUUUAUCUCCUGGGUCAGGUGGUACUAACCAAGCAACUCAUAGGUCAGGUGUAACUAACCAUUCACUUUCUGGGAAGGGCAAGGUACUUUUGCAAGUUGUGAAAAUUCAGAUUCAAGGACCCAAGGAGAGUGUUUUUGCCAAUGUGUUAUUUGAUACAGGGUCUGAUAAAACUUACAUUUCCCAAGAUUUGGUGAACAGGGUUUCACCUGAAUGGGUUGAUCAUGAAUGUGUUUCUUACAGUUACUUUGGCAAUGAGAAUUCAACCCAAACUUCAUUUAGUGAUGUUUACAAUGUUGUCUUGAAAGAAAAUCAGGGUGUAAUUUCAAUCAUGGCAACUGGAGUCCCAGUCAUUUCAGCACCACUUUCUUGUCCAUUAGUACCUCCACAUUUUUUUAAUUCCCUUGAGGGAGAAGUGGUAAAUGUGGAAAAUAGUCCCGGGGAGAAGGUGUCAAUUGAUCUCCUCAUUGGCCUGGAUUCAUAUUGGCGAUUUUUCACUGGUGAAACCGUGAAACUUUCACAACAUUUGAUUGCUCAGAAAUCCAUUUUUGGUUGGAUAGUAUCAGGAGUAGUGCCUGUUUCUGAGACCUCUUUUGUUUCACAUUCUCAUCAGCUAUUCUGUUUAUCAGACUUCUCUGAAAAAGCAGCCCAUAGUUUUUGGGAUUUAGAGAGUGUAGGGGUAGCCAAGGAUGAGUCAUCCUUUUCAGAUGAUCAUUUGAUGAAACAGUUUGAAAAUUCUGUGGUGCAUUUAGCCAGUGGUAGAUACGAAGUUUCUCUACCAUGGAAAAAUGAAUUUGCUAGAGGUUGUUUAUUGGAAAAUGAAUCUCAAUCCAGAAAGAGAUUGAAUAACACCUCUAGAAAACUGGCUAAAACACCUACGUUAGAAAAGCAGUAUCAUGGUGUCUUCAGUGAAUACCUUGAAAAUGGUUUCAUUGAACAAGUUGAAGAUAUUCCCAAUGUGUCUGAGCUGCCACACCCUGUCUAUUAUAUGCCUCAUAGGCCUGUUAUCAAAGAGGGGAGUGCCAGUACAAAAAUCCGCCCUGUUUUUGAUGCAUCAUCAAAGGGUUACAAUGGAAUAUCUCUGAAUGAUUGUUUAGAAGCUGGCCCUUCCCUGAUUCCAAAUCUCAUUGAAAUAUUGAUUCGUUUCAGACGUUGGCCAGUUGCUGUGUGCGCUGAUAUAAUCAAGGCUUUUUUGCAGAUUCAAGUGAAGCCAGAGGACCGUGAUGUCCAUCGUUUCUUAUGGAAUGAUAUGGGUACUGUGAAAACAAUGAGAUUUACGAGGGUUCCCUUUGGUAAUAAGUGUAGCCCAUUUCUGUUAAAUGCCACAGUGAAACAUCAUUUGUCCCAAUACCCUACUUCUCAUGUAGUGGAUGAAUUGAAUCAGAAUUUGUAUGUGGAUGAUCUCAUUUCUGGAUGUGAUGAUGAGAUUGAAGCUUGUGCAUUUAUAAGAGAGGCAGACUCCAUAAUGCAACAAGCUAGCAUGAAAUUUUCAAAGUGGGUUUCAAACAGUGACACUGUGGGCGAGUUGCUCAGUCAGGAAUUUAGUGACAGGUCUGUCACUGAAAAAAUGCUUAAAGUCCUUGGCAUACAGUGGAUGCCUACAGAGGAUUGUUUUUAUUUUGAUGGAUUAGAAUUGUCUUCUGAUGCUUAUGUUACCAAACGUGUUAUUUUGAGUUAUUUAGCACGUUUAUUUGACCCUUUGGGGUUGUUGGCACCUUUCAUUGUAGUGCUCAAGUGUUUGUUUCAGUCGCUAUGGCGAUUGCACUUAGACUGGGAUGAGAUUGUCCCAGAUAUCAUUGCACAGCAGUUCAAGUGCUGGUUGCAGGGUUUGCAUGCAGUGAGAGGGUGGAGAAUACCUCGAUGUUAUACAGUGGGUCACUGGAAUGAUGUAGAGGUAUAUCAGCUUCAUGCAUUUGGUGAUGCCUCUGAAAAGGCAUAUGGUGCCUGUGUGUAUUUACGCACUUUGUCCAAGGAUGGCAUAUGGCGUACUUCUCUGGUGUAUAGUAAGACCAGGGUGGCCCCUCUGAAGCCUAUAACAUUACCUAGGCUUGAAUUGUUGGCAGCAUUGUUAGCUGCAAAACUGCUGUCCUUUGUGAGAGACAGUUUACAUUUUUCAGCAAAUGUUCCUUAUACUUGCUGGACUGAUUCCACCAUAGUUUUAUCUUGGAUAAAAAGUGAUCCAAGAAAAUGGAAAACUUUUGUUUCAAACAGAAUAUCUGAAAUUCAGAGUCUGACUGACCCAUCUCAGUGGUUGCACUGUACAGGUAAUCAGAACCCUGCAGACUUACUGAGCAGAGGUAUCUCAGGUCCAGAGCUUUGUGUAUCUGAAACCUGGUUACAUGGACCAGUUUUCCUCCGUGAAAUUAGACCAAAGAUUUCUAGCAUGAAAACUGUGUCAGAAUCAGAUGUGAAUGAAGGGGUGGUUAUUUCUGAAAUGAAAUCAAAUCCUGUAUUGCUCAAGUUUGAAACCCCUGAUGUUGUUUUCCAGUUUGAAAAGUGGAGUACAUUUACAAAGACCCUCCGGAUUAUGGCUUGGGUUUUGAGAUUUAUUGGCAAUUUGAAAGCCAGUAAAGAAGCUCAUUGUACUGAAGAUCUGACACUUAUGGAGCUUCAGGAAGCUAAAGUGCACCUGAUAUCUGUUGUGCAGAGAGAAAAUUUCAGUGAAGAAAUAGCCUGUGUUCUUGAGAAACAGUCUGUGUCAAAGAAAUCCCCUUUAUUUAAACUGUCACCUUUCAUUGAUGGUGAUGGUUUAUUAAGGGUUAAAGGCAGAUUACAGUUUUCUCAUCUGUCAUAUGAGGCAAAACAUCCUAUCAUUCUGCCAAAGGGUCAUUUUUCAUUGUUACUCAUUCGACAUUUGCAUAACACUUUGAAGCAUGCAGGUGUGAACUCUUUAUUGGUCAGAUUGAGAGAUGAAUAUUGGAUUACUGGUGCAAGGCGCAUGUGUAAACGUGUGAAAAGAGAAUGCAUCACAUGUCAACGGUUAGAUACUGCAGUUAGCAGUCAGCCGGUACCCCCACUUCCUAGUAUGAGAGUGAACACUGCGCCACCUUUUUCUGUUUCAGGUUUGGACCAUGGUGGUCCACUCUUUUGUUGUGAUACUGGCAGCAAGAAGUUUUAUAUAUUGCUGAUCACCUGUGCUGUUACACGGGCUGUACAUUUAGAGCUUGUAUGUUCUCUUUCAGCAGAGGAAACUUUGAAUGCAAUUCGGCGUUUUGUUGCCCGUCGUGGUAUGCCCUCAGUCAUUAUUUCAGAUAAUGCACGUGGAUUUGUUGCAGCAAAGAAGCUUGUAUUGCAGUAUUUUGGUUCAAAUAGUCCUAAGUGGCAAUUCAUUGUUCCUUUGGCCCCUUGGUGGGGAGGAUGGUGGGAGCGUUUGAUGGGAUCUGUGAAAUCGUCUUUGAAGAAGACUAUUGGCACACGGUCUUUGACUAGAAGUGAAUUAGAAAUCACCCUGUUUGAGAUAGAAGCCUGUAUCAAUUCCAGGCCACUUACCUUUGUUGCAGAUGAUGUUGAGGACCGGGUUUCUUUAACCCCUUCACAUUUUCUUGUAGGAAGACUGUUAACCAGUGGUCCGUUGAAUGAUUUGGAAGAAAUUCCUGAUAUGAACAAUGUAGACUUGGUUGCCAUGUAUGAUCAUAGAAAUCAAUUGUUGAACAAAUUCUGGGAAAAAUGGUCAUCAGAAUACAUUCGUAACCUUCCAUCUUGUCAAAGUAGUGUUUCAGGUAGGAAAGGGUUAAACAUUGGAUCAGUAGUUUUAGUGAGAGACCAAAAUUCUCCACGUUUAUUAUGGCCAUUGGGAGUAGUGCAAAGGGUUUUUCCAGGUAGAGAUGGUCUAGUUAGGUCAGUUGAGGUCAAAACUAGUAAAGGGUUAAUUACCAGACCAAUACAAAAGUUACAUGACCUUGAAAUUAGUAGUGGGGUAGGUUUAGAAUCUUUGCCAGUAGAACCUGAGUUAGAUGAUCAAGGGGUUAACAUUUCUACAGGAAAGCAACAAUUUGACACUGAUCAUGCGCUUUCUCCCAACAACACAACUGAGACAGAAACUGCUCAAUAUUCAAGAUAUGGAAGAAAGAUUAAAAAACCAACUAUAUUGGACUUAUGAACUGUUAUGAUGAACUGUGGACUAUCAAAGUGAACUGUGAACUAUCUAAGUGAACUGUGAAUGUUCAAUGUGAACUGAGAAUAUUAUUAUCAUGAACUGGAAUUAAGACAAAGGACUGGACAUGGACUUGAUAAUUGGCACACUAUUAACCGUAUUGUAUUGCUAGUAAUAAAGUAAGAUUAUUAGUAUUGUAAUUCAUUGAAAUAUAUGUAAUAUAUUUCAAGGUGGGGAGAAUGUCAAAUAUUGUUAUGAUUGUAACCGAUUGUGUUGGAUUGUGUUGGAUGUGUUGUACGGUGGGUCCCCCUGGUGGUGAAAGGGGAAAAAGAGUGAGUAGAGCUUCGAGGUUGAAGAGUGCACAUGUGGACUCCAUGCGGAGUUCUGAUAUUUUUUUGGACACGUGUUUUUUUCCAUGUUAGGAGUAGACUCCAUGCGGAGUUGUGAUACACACGUGGAA